AAUAAAACAACUGUAGGGGGAGACAGAAGCUCCACUUUUCAGCCGCGUUGACAUCUCGCAAGAGCAUUGAGUCAUCAUGCCUGUAGAUAUUAAUGAAUGGACGGGUUCUCUUGCGCUUACAGAGGUGGAGGAACAGCCGGCCAAGCCUCUAACUGUCAGAUAUGGCUCUUUGGAAAUCGACGCUCUGGGGAAAGUGUUCACUCCCACUCAGGUUCAGGGUCGGCCCGCGUCCAUCGACUGGGACGGAUGUGACCCCGGGAAGCUGUACACGCUGGCCAUGACCGAUCCAGAUGCACCCAGCCGAAAAGAGCCCAAGUUUCGGGAAUGGCAUCACUUCCUCGUCGUCAACAUGAAAGGAAAUGACAUCACCAGUGGAUGUGUCAUGUCUGACUAUGUCGGUGCGGGACCUCCGAAGGGAACAGGCCUCCAUCGUUACGUGUGGCUGGUCUAUGAACAGUCAGAGAGCAUCAGCUGCAGCGAAGCGGUCCUCACCAACCGCUCCGGAGACAGCCGCGGGAAGUUCAAGAUCCAGAGCUUCCGCAAGAAGUACGGCCUCGGGGCUCCGGUCGCAGGCUCUUGCUUCCAGGCCGAGUGGGACGACUACGUGCCCAAACUUUACCAACAGCUUGCCGGCAAAUAGUGGACUUCUCACUGAUUAACUAAACCAUUCUUUGCUUUGUAGAAAAACCUUUGCCUUCAUUUAUUGUCACUUCAUCAGGAGACUGCCUUCAGUUUAAAAAAAAAAAAAAAAAAAAAAAAAAAAGACGAAUUUGUGUUGCGUUUGUGGAUGCACCUUUAAUUUCACGAAUAAAAACCAGACGCCUCUUG